GGACGACGCUUACUUGUCAUUGCAACAUCAUCAAAUCGAUCAUUUUUGCGUGAGCUUGGCUUACUCUCUGCAUUUGCCACGAUAAUAGACGUGCCAGCACUGACAACUGUUGCGCAUGUCAUGGCCGUAAUUGAAGAAACGAAUGCGUUAUCACGUGAGGAAUAUGAGCAAAUCCGUGCCGAACUUCUGCGAACUUCUAAGGAAUUCUUUAUUGGAAUAAAAAAAUUGUUAAAUGUAAUCGAUAUGGUACGGGAAUGUGAACCGGAAGAUCGUGUAUCGGUGGUGGUGCAAAGCUUGAUGUCUGAAACUUUCGACUUUUCAUAA